AUGGAUUCAAAUCAGGACUUGACCCAUUUAGGAGUGUUCACUGUCGAUCAGGCUAGUUUGGAGCGCGAUGUGACAAAUUCAGCAGAUCAAUAUAUCACUAGUGAGACGAAAGAAAUCGAAAGAAAAAGAUUAGAAAAAGUAGAGAAGGAGAUUUAUGCUGUAGAAAAAAAAAGUCGUCAGCUUGAAGCGCGAAUUGAUAGUCGCUUGACGCAAAUUAGCGUGAAAGGAAAUCUUCGAAAGCAGCUCGACAAGUUUCGCGCAACGCUUCAAAAUUUAAAAUCCGACGAAAAUGAUAUCAAAUUGCGCAUGGAAGGCAUUGAUGAGGGCCAACAGGCUGUAUUUGCUGACCCUCAUGCACUUGAAGAAGCCGAGCGCCAAGAAUUAAUUCGUACUGGUAAAAUUACACCUUUUGGUAGGUUUUCUGGUAUUGAUAACGAAAGUUCAAACAUUGGUGGACAUCAAUUAAGUAGUCAGGCGAUACCUCAAGAACCUGAAGCUAUUGAUAACACGAUUACCAAGAACAUUAGUAUAGAGCAAAAUGAAGAGCAAGAAUUUGGGCUAAAACAAGAGAAAGACGAAGAUUAUGCACAAGUCGAGAAUGUUGGUGAACAAGAGACUACUUCAGCUGUGGAUGAUGGUGAUAAUUUGGUGUAUCGUAAGCGUCUACAUUCAUGGUGUACUGAGCGCAAUCAAUUACGCCAAAAAUCAGAACAAGCGAAGCCAGAAAAAUCUGAGACUUUUGCUGAAGAAGUUUCUACUAACCAUUCUUCAUUAAAUGAAGAUACAGAAGAAUGGUUUAAACCGCAUCCUACCAAACGUGGCCAAACUUACAAAGGCGGAUUCACCAUUCCCGGCGAUAUUCGACCCCAUCUUUUUCGAUAUCAAGUUACAUGUGUACAGUGGCUAUGGGAACUUUAUAGCCAAGAAGCAGGAGGCAUCAUUGGUGAUGAAAUGGGGCUAGGAAAAACAAUACAAAUUGUAUCUUUUCUUUCUUCACUUCACCAUUCAAGGAUGUAUGAAAAACCAGCUUUGAUUGUCUGUCCGGCCACUUUAAUGAAACAAUGGGUCAAUGAAUUUCACCAGUGGUGGGGUCCGUUACGUGUUGUUGUUUUGCAUGCCACAGGCAGUGGUGCUCUUGCUACGCGAGAAAAAAGGCAGUACCAGUCUUUGGAGGAAGAGGAUGAUGUAGCAGAAAUUAUAAACCCAAAUGCUUCUAAGUCUUUCCAUAGCUAUGCCAAAGCAUUAGUGGAUAGCGUGUUUACUGAAGGCCAUGUUCUAAUUACAACGUAUGCCGGGUUACGCCUUUACAGUGAUUUAUUAUUACCACGGGAAUGGGGUUAUUGUGUUUUAGAUGAAGGACAUAAAAUUCGGAACCCGGAUUCCGAAAUGUCUGUGAAUUGUAAGCAAGUAAAAACCCCUCAUCGAAUCAUUUUAUCAGGUACUCCUAUUCAAAACAACUUAAUUGAACUUUGGAAUUUAUUCGAUUUUGUUUUUCCCGGUCGAUUAGGAACGCUUCCUGUUUUCCAAAAUCAAUUUGCUCUUCCUAUUAAUAUUGGUGGUUAUGCAAAUGCGUCGAAUGUCCAAGUACAAACUGCUUACAAGUGUGCUUGUAUGCUUCGUGAUUUAAUCUCUCCAUAUUUAUUACGAAGAAUGAAAUUAGACGUGGCCUCAGACCUACCCAAAAAAUCCGAGCAAGUUUUGUUUUGUAAGCUAACUCCUCUUCAACGCAAAGCCUACCAAGAUUUCUUGAAUGGUUCAGAUAUGCAAAAAAUUUUAAAUGGAAAACGUCAAAUGCUAUAUGGGAUCGAUAUUCUAAGAAAAAUAUGUAAUCAUCCAGAUUUGGUUAUUCGUGAAUUUAUAUCUCAAAAGAAGGACUAUUAUUAUGGAGAUCCCGAAAAGUCCGGAAAACUGAAGGUUGUAAUGUCUCUGUUACAGCUUUGGAAGAAGCAAAAGCACCGCACAUUACUUUUUUCCCAAACACGACAAAUGCUUGAUAUUUUAGAGAGCAGCAUUAAAGAUAUUCCUGGACUUCGUUACUGUCGUAUGGACGGAGGGACUUCAAUUGGUCUUCGACAUGGUUUAGUCGAUAAUUUUAACAAAAACGGUAUAUAUGAUGUGUUUUUAUUAACAACUCGUGUUGGUGGAUUGGGCAUCAAUUUAACAGGAGCCGAUCGUGUUAUUCUAUUCGACCCAGACUGGAAUCCAUCUACGGAUGCCCAAGCUCGUGAACGAGCGUGGAGAUUGGGACAAAAAAGAGACGUUGUAGUGUACCGCCUAAUGACUGCUGGAACAAUUGAAGAAAAGAUAUAUCAUCGCCAAAUUUUUAAACAGUUUCUGACAAAUAAAAUUUUGAAAGAUCCAAAGCAGCGGCGAUUUUUUAAAAUGACCGAUUUACAUGAUUUAUUUUCAUUGGGUAACGAUAAGGAAGAAGGAACAGAGACUGGAAACAUGUUUUUGGGAGCUGAACGAGUUUUCAAAAAACAGCCCUCAAGCCAUGGGGAAGAAAAAAGUGGAAAGCAAAAAUCCCGUAAAGAGGUUGAUGGGAAUAAUCCGGAGGAAAAGAAUCGAAAAGUUUUUGAUAAAAUUGGUAUUGCUUCUAUGGAAAAAUUUAAACCACCAGAGGAUACUGGUGUUACAAAAGGCACGUCUUCUAAAAAUACACGUGGCGAUGAAUCCGUACUCGAUGAUAUUUUUGCGAGUGCCGGAAUUCAAAGUACGUUAAAGCAUGAUGAAAUUAUGGAAGCUUCUCAACCCGAGACUUUACUCGUAGAAAAAGAAGCUUCAAGAGUUGCCAAUGAUGCUGUGCGUGCUGUCGCCAAUUCUCGACGACAGCGGGUCGCUGCUAAUCGGAACAAAACCGAUCCUCCUACCGGUAAUAUUUCACGUCAGAAUAUAGCUUCUGCAAGUCCCCAGGCUUCUGGUCCAGUUAGCUCCAGUACAUUAUUGGCUCGCCUCAAGCAAAGGCGUUAA